UUAGGCAGUAGGUAGGUACGGUAUGGAGCGACGACGGGAAGCAGCAAGAUAGACGGUCUGUGCGCGACGUCCAACCGACCGCGUUGCCAAGAGCGAUAAGAUAAGAAAAGCUACGUACUCCUCUCUUUGCCGUUGACACGUUCCCGAUCGUCAAGAGAGUACCUAGCAGCUAGUUGGCCUGUGCUGGCGCAGCUCUUGCGUUGCUGGCCAGAACUCCAAACUCGACGCCCGAAUCAGCUUCCAACAUCGCGAUCCGACCACAACCUCUUGUCGGAACCACCACCACCGCCGCCACCACAAACCGCAACCGUAGUACGCAUUUGACUGAACUUCCGACAUCAUGUUGUCAAGUCUUGCCAACCCGCGCCAAGCUGCGUCGCAGCUGCUGAACUUUGCGCUCAUCCUCUCGACGGCUUUUAUGAUGUGGAAGGGCCUUUCAAUUGUCUCUGAUUCUCCCAGUCCCAUCGUCGUCGUUCUCAGUGGCUCAAUGGAACCUGCGUUCCAAAGGGGAGACCUCCUUUUCCUGUGGAACCGCAACAUUAUCCAAGAAACCGAAGUCGGCGAGAUCGUCGUCUACGAAGUCAAGGGAAAGAACAUUCCGAUUGUUCACAGGGUGGUCCGGAAGUUUGGUGCAGGUCCCGAAGCGAAGCUCUUGACAAAAGGCGACAACAAUCAAGGAAGCGACGAGGAGUUGUACGCCAAGGGCCAGGACUUCCUCGUGCGGAAAGACAUCAUUGGCAGUGUUGUCGCAUACAUCCCCUUUGUCGGUUACGUCACGAUCCUUCUCUCCGAAUACCCCUGGCUGAAGACGGCGAUGUUGGGAAUCAUGGGUUUGGUGGUAGUGCUGCAGAGGGAGUAGGCUUAUGGUCGUAGGUUGGGCGAACAAUUUAUACCUUAUUUCGACCUCGCCAGGCGGACCGCUGCUGAGCAUGCGUUUCCCGAAAUGUCAAAGAGCCACAUCAUGGAAGUGAUUCAGAGCCAGUGUCCUGGAUUUUGGCUGCUUGUUAGUCGUAGCGGAAGAGCGGAGCCCGAGUUGAUGAGCGUCGAUAUAUUUUUAUGAUGUGCAAAAGAUAAGCCAUUUGUCUUCAUCUAUUGACGUAGCACAUGUAACAUAACCCCCCUUCCAAGGCCUGAACGGCAACAAAGCAUCUGGAACUCUGGUGGUUGGGAAUAAAUCGGUUGGGGGUUGCGCCAAGUGAUGAGAAAAAUUGAAUCUAAGG